AAGUGGCAUCUCCAAUCAUCUUGCUUCCUUCUCCAUUUCUCUCUCAUUGAUCUUCAAGAAGCAAAGGACUUCAUUGAUGAAGAAGAUCCAAGGCCUACAAGCUCCAAAUGGAGCUACAUCACCUUGUGCGUUCCAGCUUUUCACAACUAUCACUAUUAAUGAACCUCCUUCUGGUCUGAAGGCUAUCUUUAGUUUCAAAGUUCCUGACCAAAGGUCUAGAAAGUUGGAAGUUCAGUACUUGCAUGACUACGUUGGAAUAAACACCAGUGUUAGGUUGACUGCAAACUCAAUUGUCAACUUCUCUGGUGUUAUAGGAACUAAUAUUCUUGCUCUUCGUGCUGAUCUUUCUAAAGCUAUUGGAGUCAUUAGACAUGCUGCAAAUAAAUUUGCUAUAUGUAGGAUAAGAGAAUGUUGCUAAGAUUAGUAUUUUGUUUUUAAAUGAAAUAGGAAUUCACCGUGUUUAUUAUUA